UACUAAAGGCAGAGAAAGGAAUAUCCCCGCACUUUUAAACUGGCUCAUCAUCAUAUAUGAAAAAAAAGAAAAAAAGAAAGCUGACGAGUCAUUAGUCAAACACACUUUAUGCGCCUGUGUGGGUGGGUGUGUGUACAUGUGGGUUUAUUUAUGACGUUUAGGAACUUACAAAUCCGGUUUCACGUGUGAGCGCUUCAGACUCUGUAUAGACGCAGCUCACUAGAGACGAUCGUUAUUCUCAGCAUCUGUCAGAGAAGCGUGUGUGUGUGAAGUGUGUAAGACAGACGUGUCCUGGAGGAUGAAGCUGCUCUAUGGACUGAUCCUGGCUGUGGCUGUCCUAGCUCUGGCUGCAGGACACCGUGUGGAAUCUGGAUGCCAGGACUUUGACAUCAGUCGGGAAAAUGUGUGCUGCACAAAGUGUAAACCAGGAAACCGUCUUGUGUCUACCUGUGGUUCAGAUCCAAACACUUUAUGUACUCCCUGUGAAAAAGGCACCUUUACCACCAACACAAACCAGUGGAUGUGUAAGAUCUGUGAGCAGUGUAGUUCAGAUAAAAUGCGGGUGAAGGUGAAUUGCACCGCCAGCAGUGACACAGUUUGUGAGUGUAUACCGGGAUAUCGAUGUGCAAAUGACAAAUGCCUUCGCUGCAUUAAAGAGUCUGGUAAUGGACAGCAGCCCAAUUCAGCAAAUACCAAACCAACAGUGUCGCCAGCACGUGACGCAGAAAGCAAUAUCAAACCAAAAGUGUCGCCAGCACGUGACGCAGAAAGCAAGAUCACUGCUGCUAUUCUCAUCAUCUUCGCGCUCAUCUGCUUAGUGAUACCUGUUGCUACAAUCCUCUUCCUGGAGUGGAGAAGAAGAAAGGCCACUCAUAAACCCCAUAUUGAAAAGGAAACUCUUGCAGCAGGAGGACAGACUCAAGCGUCUCUUCUUGAUGAGCCCAGCUUCUGUUUUCCUCAGCAGGAACGCGGCGGCAGCAAUCAGAGUUCGACGACCUCGCUAGUCUCACAGGAUAUCGGCCCUUUGGAAGCAUGAACUUGUGUUGUGUAGCAAGCUGAACAUAAAUGAGCAUUCAUUUGUAGUUAUAUGCAGAUAUGUAUAAUGUCUAUGUAAUGUGUAAUUUAUUUACUGUAUUCUACUGGAAUCCUGUCAUUAAUACUGUAUUCAUGAUGUUUGUGACUUUUUGUUGCCAUU